GACAGCGGCUGCGGGGCGGCCGGAGAGCAUGCCCGCGCAGCCCCGCUGAAUGGCGCCUUCUCUGCGACCCCUCGUCCGGCUGCGGCCGCCAGGGAUGCUGCUCCGCGCGCUCCUGCUGCUCCUCUGCUCCGUUCCAGGAGUGUGGUGCUUUAGCGAGCUGUUUUUUAUAAGAGAACCACAGGAUGUAACUGUCACAAGAAAGGACCCAGUCAUUUUAGAGUGCCAAGCUCAUGGAGAAGUUCCUAUUAAGGUCACAUGGUUGAAAAAUGGAGCAAAAGUGUCUGAAAAUAAACGGAUCCAGGUUCUGUCUAACGGCUCUUUAUACAUCAGUGAGGUGGAAGGCAAGCGAGGAGAGCACGCUGAUGAAGGAUUUUAUCAGUGCUUGGCAAUGAACAAAUAUGGAGCCAUCCUUAGUCAAAAAGCUCAUCUUACCUUAUCAACUAUUUCUGCAUUUGAAGUUCAACCAGUUUCUACUGAGGUCCAAGAAGGUGGAGUUGCUAGAUUUGCAUGCAAGAUUUCAUCAAACCCUCCUGCAGUCAUAACAUGGGAAUUAAACCGGACAACCCUACCUGUAACUACGGACAGGAUAACUACCCUGCCAACAGGAGUAUUGCAGAUCUAUGACGUCGGCCACGGGGAUGCUGGAAAUUACCGUUGUGUUGCUGCUACUGUAGCCCACAGGCGUAAGAGUGUGGAGGCCUCUCUAACAGUGAUUCCAGCUAAGGAGUCUAAAUCCUUUCACACACCAACCAUUAUAGCAGGUCCACAGAAUAUAACGACAUCUCUUCAUCAGACUGUUGUUUUGGAAUGUGUGGCCGUUGGAAAUCCCAAACCAAUCAUUUCUUGGAGCCGUCUUGAUCACAAGUCCAUUGAUGUCUUUAAUACUCGGGUACUUGGAAAUGGUAAUCUCAUGAUAUCUGAUGUCAAGCUGCAACAUGCUGGAGUAUAUGUUUGUCGGGCCACUACCCCAGGCACACGAAACUUUACUGUUGCCAUGGCAACGUUAACUGUAUUAGCUCCUCCUUCAUUUGUCGAAUGGCCAGAAAGUUUAACGAGGCCUCGAGCUGGCACUGCUCGAUUUGUAUGUCAGGCGGAAGGAAUCCCCUCACCCAAAAUGUCAUGGUUGAAAAACGGAAGGAAGAUACAUUCAAAUGGUAGAAUUAAAAUGUACAACAGUAAAUUGGUAAUUAACCAGAUUAUUCCUGAAGAUGAUGCUAUUUAUCAGUGCAUGGCUGAGAACAGUCAAGGAUCUAUUUUAUCUAGAGCCAGACUGACUGUAGUAAUGUCAGAAGACAGACCCAGUGCUCCCUAUAAUGUGCAUGCUGAAACCAUGUCAAGUUCAGCCAUCCUUUUAGCUUGGGAGAGGCCACUUUAUAAUUCAGACAAAGUCAUCGCUUAUUCUGUGCACUACAUGAAAGCAGAAGGUUUAAAUAAUGAAGAGUAUCAAGUAGUCAUCGGAAAUGACACAACUCAUUAUAUUAUCGAUGACUUAGAACCUGCCAGCAAUUAUACUUUCUACAUUGUGGCAUAUAUGCCAAUGGGAGCCAGCCAGAUGUCCGACCAUGUGACACAGAAUACUUUAGAGGAUGUUCCCCUGAGACCUCCUGAAAUUAGCUUGACAAGUCGAAGUCCCACCGAUAUUCUCAUCUCCUGGCUGCCAAUCCCAGCCAAAUACCGGCGGGGCCAAGUGGUGCUGUAUCGCCUGUCCUUCCGCCUCAGCACUGAGAAUUCCAUCCAAGUUCUGGAGCUCCCGGGGACCAUGCAUGAGUACCUUCUGGAGGGCCUGAAACCUGAUAGUGUCUACCUGGUGCGGAUUACUGCUGCCACCAGAGUGGGGCUGGGAGAGUCGUCAGUGUGGACUUCACACAGGACACCCAAAGCUACAAGUGUGAAAGCCCCUAAAUCCCCAGAGUUACAUCUGGAGCCUCUGAACUGUACCACCAUUUCUGUGAAGUGGCAGCAAGAUGCUGAGGACACAGCAACCAUUCAGGGCUACAAGCUGUACUACAAGGAGGAAGGGCAGCAGGAGAACGGACCCAUUUUCUUGGGCACCAGUGACCUUGUCUAUACUCUCAGUGGUUUAGACCCCAGAAGAAAAUAUCAUGUGAGGCUGCUGGCUUACAGCAACAUAGAGGAUGGCUACCAGGCAGACCAGACAGCCAGCACUCCAGGAUGCGUGUCUGUUCGAGAUCGGAUGGUUCCUCCUCCACCACCACCCCACCACCUCUAUGCGAAGGCCAACACCUCGUCUUCCAUCUUCCUGCACUGGAGGAGGCCUGCGUUCACCACUGCCCAAGUAAUUAACUACACCAUCCGCUGUAACCCUGUCGGCCUGCAGAAUGCUUCUUUGGUUCUGUACCUUCAAACAUCAGAAACUCACAUGUUGGUUCAAGGUCUGGAACCAAACACCAAAUAUGAAUUUGCUGUUCGAUUACAUGUGGAUCAGCUUUCCAGUCCCUGGAGCCCCGUUGUCUACCAGGCUACUCUUCCAGAAGCACCAGCAGGCCCACCAGUUGGAGUAAAGGUGACGUUGAUAGAAGAUGACACUGCUCUGGUUUCUUGGAAACCCCCUGAUGGCCCAGAGACAGUUGUGACGCGCUAUACUAUCUUAUAUGCGUCCAGGAAGGCCUGGAUUGCAGGAGAGUGGCAGGUCCUACACCGAGAAGGGGCAAUGACCAUGGCCUUGCUAGAAAACCUGGUGGCAGGAAAUGUGUACAUCGUCAAGAUAUCUGCCUCUAAUGAGGUGGGAGAAGGACCCUUUUCAAAUUCUGUAGAGCUGGCAGUACUUCCAAAGGAAACUUCUGAGUCAAAUCAGAGGCCCAAGCGUCUAGAUUCUGCUGAUGCCAAAGUUUAUUCAGGCUAUUACCAUCUGGACCAAAAAUCAAUGACUGGCAUUGCCGUAGGCGUUGGCAUCGCCUUGACCUGCAUCCUCAUCUGUGUUCUCAUCUUGAUAUACCGAAGUAAAGCCAGAAAAUCAUCAGCUUCCAAGAUGGUACAGAAUGGCACUCAACAUUUAUCUCGGACCAGUGCCUCCCUAGCUAGUGGCAAUGAAGUAGGAAAGAACCUGGAAGGAGCUGUAGAAAAUGAAGAAUCCUUAAUGCCGAUGAUAAUGCCAAACAACUUCAUUGAUGCAAAGGGAGGAACGGACCUGAUAAUUAAUAGCUAUGGUCCUAUAAUUAAAAACAACUCUAAGAAAAAAUGGCUUUUUUUCCAAGAUUCUAAGAAGACGAAAGUUGAGCAGCCUCAAAGAAGAUUUACUCAAGCAGUCUGCUUUUACCAGCCAGGCACUACUGUAUUAAUCAGUGAUGAAGACUCCCCCAGCUCCCCGGGUCAAACAACCAGCUUCCCAAGACCCUUUGGUGUUACAGCUGAUACUGAGCAUUCGGCAAAUAGUGAAGGCAGCCAUGAGACUGGGGAUUCUGGAAGGUUCUCCCACGAGUCCAAUGAUGAGAUACACCUGUCUUCAGUUAUAAGUACCACCCCCCUGACCUCCAGUUCCUUCACUGGCAGUGAUUCUGGUGGGGAUCCCUCACUGAGGAGAUGUGAAGACCCUGCAGUGCCAUUGGAUGCUGAGCAAACUUCCUCUUCCGUUCUGCAGCCCCCAUCUGCCAUGAUGUGCUUUGAUAAAAAUGAUUUUCCAAUCUAG